UAGUUUCGAUGGACGUAUUUUAGUUUUUUUUAACUCUGAAAUUCUAUGUUGUAAUGCUUCUUGCAGGUAAUCUUAAUGCUGGAUUGCUUCUACUCGAUCGAAUCAAUGACUUCGAACAAUGCAAAGCAAGCCAAGUUAACAAAUGAUGAACAUGCUCCCGAGAAAAGAAGCUUUCGGGGCAGCAAAACUACUUCGGUCGCUGCAAAAUGUGCCCCUCCGUAUACUCUUGGGUCUGCGAUCCCUGAUCUUAAAUGGCUUCGCAUGUACUUCGGUGUCUACUUGACUAUUGGAACUAUAAGCUUUUACGCGCUGAAGGACGAUAUCGGAGGGAAAAAGACGAACGAUUUCGUUGAUUCACUUUACUAUUGUGUCACCACAAUGACCACCGUUGGUAAUGGAGACCUUUUCCCUUAUAGUUUCGAUGUGCGAGUCGUGUCCAGCAUUUUCGUAACCGUAGGGAUGUUUCUGUUCGGAAUAGCAGUGAAGAUAGCUGCAAAGUACUUGGUCGUGAAGCAACAAAUGGUCAUGGUUAACGCCCUGCGCACGGCUCGAAAAAUCAGUCCGGUGGAAGCCCUUAAAGAUAUUGACAGCCUCAAAAUAAACUACAAUAAGGUCAAGAUAUCAUUGAUGGCUAUGGGAGGGCGUUUCGUCCUCGGGAUCUUGGUUUUGCUCACCGUCGAAGGAAUGGACUUCUUCGACUGCAUCUACUGUGCAGUUGCUACCAUGACAACCACAGGCUUUGGAGAUGAGACCUUCCAAAGUACAUUCGGCCGCAUGUUUGCUGUAUUCUGGAUAUCGACCGGAACUUCCUGCGUAGGCUAGCUAUUUCUCUACAUGGCAGAGGUGUACACCGAUGUCGAAACAAGGAAAUUGG